AUGUUUUGCAAGAAGUAAAAAUGAAGAAAAAGCAAUCGACAGUACGUGUAAGGAAGGAAACGAUAAUAAGGUGGCAGGUUCAGACUGUGGGUUGCUGGGCUGACUCGCCCUGACAACGGCAGUAAUCCGAGAGCUCUGGACGGUUGCCAUCAGAGCUCAAGCGUGUUGCAGCUCCCCCACACUGCCAUAUAAGGUCAACAGGAAUCCUCUGCAGCAGCGCUGUGGUUGAGUAUCUGGGUGAAAAUAACACGGAUGGGGGGUGGGGCGCCUCGUGCUUUCGCGCUUACUCUCUCUGGUUCCAGACAAAGACCGGUGGAUCACCAUGAUCGAGUGGUUUCAGUGCUACGGCCCAGAGAAUACAAACAACAAAGAUACGAUUUUACCUUUUGUUCGGUAAAGGAGUUGAAAAUUGAGGAGGGGUAGUCUUUAUUCGUGUGCGUAAAAAGGAAUCUCCAGGUGCGCAACUGCAUGGCACCUUUUACGCACUUUUUUGUGCGUGUGUACAAGUGCGCAUGAGGGGACACAAAAUCGCAGACGGUGUGUUAGAGGUCUGUUUUUUAUAUCCACUUCUAGCUCAAGCUACCAGCUGUGCACAUUCCUCCAUUUGCAGGUCACGAGGCUAUAAACCGAUCCUCUCAAACCUUUGCUAUUCGACCUCCACCCAGUGGGGACAAAAUUGUUAAGAUUGCGUUUGUAACAAAGGUGAAAAUUUGACAUUAGUGAGGAGUUUGCUCAAAUCCCUCAAUGAGGUUAUUUAUAGGCCUUCGUUUAAAAAAAAAAUCCUCCCGGGUGGGUUGAGCUAUGCAGCUUUGCGCGCUGCUGACAGACUGGAAUAUUCCACACAUGAGGACUGGCCUUUCUUCUACAGGACAGCUGUCUCUCAGCACGGCGAAACACACUUCUGAUCAUUGUUCUUUGUUUAUAAUUUAAUGAAAAGGGUCUGUACACGGAUAUUUUGUAUACCUAAUGGACAAUUUAAUAUCCUUUGUUAUUCCAAUGUUAGGCUGACAGUUUCAUCUUGUAAGUCAAUAAGCACUAUUUUUUUCUUAGAUUACUAUUAUAGGUAUUUUUUUUUUCAUAGCCUGGGCUACACCAUACCGCAUUGUAAAAUCAUAUGGGACAGAUGAAAACGUUUCUGUAGAGUCAGAAUAACCAGGUAAAUAGCUAUAUGCACCUUAUCUCUUUCUCUGUAUGAUCAGUCUUUUAUUCAGACGGAUUGCUCACUAAAUCAAAUCAGGUAUCCUCUUCGCUUGGUUCCUUUUCAUAUUAUUUAUGGUGCAUUCGCUUAGUCAAUUUUUUUUUUUCAGGCAGACUGGCGGAUGUGAGCCUUUGCUGUAUUAAAAACAUUGGCUUUUCUUCUUCCUACCUCUUAAAUAUUUGCAUGUAUACUAUAAUACUUGUGUAAUAAUUGACAGUAAAGUUUGUGAAUUAGUUUAUUUUGUUUGGCAAUAUCAUCUGUCUUCUGUUUGAGAUAUUUAAAUAAAUAGAUUAUACACCUUUUUUGUUCUAUUGUGGAGAUUGAAGCAGAUUGUUGCACUUUUGGGAGAACUGAUACUGCAGUUUUUCACUGUAAGCUAUUUUAGAUAUUUAAAGCAGUAGCCAGUCAUCACUUAUAGUAUUAGAAAAAUACUAUAUUAAACUACACAAUGAUCAUAAUUCAUUCUGCAAGGUAACAUAACUGUGGGAGCCUCUUACAAGUUUGUUUUUUGGGUGAAAUUUUGAUUGAAUUACUACAUCAAGUGUGUCUAUGUUUUAGGCAACAUACAGUACUUGAAAUAUUCCUUUUCUUAAAAUGAGCAAAAGAUAGUGACAGCUUAUUGUCUUAAAGGGACAGACAGCUUGCUCAGAUUUUCUGCACUCUUACCCACCAUUUAACUGUAUCAUCCACCAAUGAGCAUUGAAAUACAGUGCUUAAAUGUGACUUUUUAGUUUACCUCAUUCUGACAGAAAAUGUUUCCUAGCAGAGGCUGAGUUUAGCAUAAUCUCCAAAAACUGACUCUCUGUGAUCUGUUCCAGCUGGAACCUACCUACUUGUAGAUAUUAACAGUCAUCAACAUGGUUGAAACUGAUUGAAAAUGGUUGAAGUUGAUUUUUAAUUGCAUAUGAUGUCUAUAAAAAUCCCAGGUUUACAGGUCAUUCAUUAUGCUGUUGUAACUCUAAUGUAAGAUAACUGAAUUUAUAAGACUGCAUGUCCAGUUGCUUUUUAUCAGAUUCACUAAGCCUAAUUGGUAGCAUUCACUCCUGAUUAGAGGAAAGACAUUGAAGGGGACACUUCAUUUAAUCCCUUAUUUGUCUUGUUCUAUAGCAGCUUGGUUUCUUCGGGCUCCCAUCUGAAAAACAUCAUGGACAACGUGUUCCAACUAUAGUAGUAUAGUACAGUCUCCAAAACAACAACUUUAUUUUGCUCUUUUAAUGAGUUUGUUGCUGUAUAAGACAUCUGUACAUCCCACCCUGGGAAGAAAGAGAAUAGUUUGUCCUGACGCCCAGUCUGUGAUGUCACUGUCAUGUUCAGCCAUACAGACAAAACAGAGAAGUGUGACUGACAUCUUCCUUGUAACUAACCCUGAGGAUUCAAAGUGAUCACAUGAAUAGGAACCACUUUAAUUUUAAUUAAUGUUGUAUCUAGGUUCAAAACAUCCGUGAUCAGAUACUGUUUUCAGUGGAAAAAUACCCGAACCCAAGCUAUACUCCUCUUCUUUGCUAUGAUAUACUGAUAUGUAAUGAUUUACCUUUAAAGGAGUAUUUCAUAGAGACUCGAUCACCCACACAUAACAAUAUAAAGAGUAAUCAAUACAAAACAAAAUGCAUAUACAGUAAGUAUUGUGUAUGUAAAGGAGAUGAGAGAAGUGAGGAUGCUGGUUUAUUACAGAUCAUACUAGAGGAAUAAGAGAGACUGGCUUCCUAUCACUAUAAAUUGUAUUUGUCAUUGUUUCUGAGAAAACAAAUCCACAAAAGUAAGACACUUUAAUGAUAGUACAAGGUUAGAUGCACACUGAAUGUUCAUUUAGCUGAUUCACUGUCAUCACAGCACCUCCAGAUCACACAUUAACUUUAACUGACUUGAAAGAUAAAAAUUUAUGUUUUGUUGUAAUGAUUACUGUCUGAGCUAAACAAAACUUUCCGGCUUAUCAAUAGCAUUAGAGGUAAACAUUGUUAGUGUUAUCUGACACACACUGUGGAUAGAGGUAGUGCUUCAGUUUGAGUACCCACCCAGAAAAUGAAAAGGCAGGCACAUGUAGAAGAGGAAGUAGGAGCAACCAGACUUAACCGCUCCACAUAUGCAACUCGGCUGCUGCAUUAUUCAUACCCAGAGAUGCUACCAGUGCACAGGCUAACGGGCCACGUGAGAAGUAUGGGGGGUUAAUUGGAAGCUGUUUCAUUGUGACAGGAACAGGAAGUGGUGAGCAGAGUGAGAUACAAGGUAAAACAUGAGGCUUGUCUGUUUCUCUCUCGACACAGCCUGUAAAUCAUCUAAGCUUUUCCAAAUAUAGAUUUACUAGGCUUUGCUAUGUAUACAACUUAAAUCUGGAGGGAGUAUCUUCAGCCCUGUCCUGCCUGGCACCUGUUUGAAUUUGGAGGCGAAAUGACACAAAACGGUGCUGCGACUGGUAGUGGUACUGUAAAAAAGGGAGACGAACUUAAGAUUGUGAUUGUUGGAGAUGGAGGCUGUGGGAAAACAUCUCUUUUGAUGGUUUAUGCUAAAGGUGAUUUUCCAGAGAAAUAUGCACCAUCAGUAUUUGAAAAGUAUGUCAACACCAUCUCUCUCGGGGGAAAAGAGAUCAAGCUCAACCUGUAUGACACAGCCGGGCAGGAUGACUAUGACAGACUACGGCCACUUUCAUACCAAGAAGCCAACCUGAUUCUAGUUUGCUUUGACGUGACCCACCCGGCCAGCUUUGACAAUGUUAUGAUAAAGUGGCACCCAGAGGUAAAGCACUUUUGUCGGGACACACCCGUCAUCCUGAUUGGCUGCAAGACUGACCUCAGGAAGGAUAAGGAGUGUGCAAGGAAGCUGAAGGCCAUGAAUCUGGCUCCUAUCACUUACACACAGGGUGAGGAGGCUCGGCAGCAGAUGAAUGCAGAGCUCUACCUCGAGUGUUCGGCAAAGUAUCAGGAGAAUGUGGAAGACAUUUUCAGAGAGGCCACCAAAACAGCUUUGGCUUUCAUUAGAAAACAAAAGAACUAUAAGAGGAAGAAGAAAUGUGUUGUUUUGUGAUAUCAAAAGGACACAGGCUUGAGGACAUGGUUUUUUUCAUAUUGUGAGCAGCUGCACAUGCAGAUACCCAACAUUUCUGGUGGGCUUAAACAGAUGUGAAAACAGCUGGAGAUUGGGGGCCCACUGAAUCAGCACUGCCCUUUACUGUCAAAAGAAACUGACUAAUGAUGCAACAGGAAAAACUAUUUUGCAAGAAGUUGCAGCAUGGAACUUUUUUCUAAAGACUUUAAAGGACUUCUGUUAGUGAAUUGUUACUUUUGUAUAAAAUGUAAUUUAGUAUUUUUUUUUAAUAUCUUGUACUGUUUACAAAUUGUCCAUCCAUCCAUCCA